AUGCCUAACACUAAAUUAGUUGAUCGAUUUGAAGCUGUAACCGAAGAUACUAUUAAUGAGAUAGAUGAAUAUGGUGCUGUUAUAAAUACCAAGAAGAAUACUAAUAAUUGGGUUCGAGUUUUAAAAAAGUAUCGAUCUUCAGCUAAUUUGGAUUAUGACAUAACUACGAUUCUUGAUAUAAUGCAAUUAGAACGAGAAUUGAUCUA